AUGCCUCCCAACAAUGUGACUGAAUUCAUUCUCUUGGGACUCACACAGAAUCCACACUUGCAGAAAAUACUCUUUAUUGUUUUUUUAUUUAUUUUCCUAUUUACUGUGCUGGCCAAUCUGUUCAUUGUCAUCACCAUCUCCUCCAGCCCCACACUUUCAUCACCCAUGUACUUCUUUCUCACUUACUUGUCCUUUAUAGAUGCCUCCUACACCUCUGUCACCACCCCCAAAAUGAUCAUCGACCUGCUUUACCAGAGAAGAACCAUUUCCUUGGCUGGCUGCCUGACUCAGCUCUUUGUGGAGCACUUGCUGGGAGGAUCAGAGAUCAUCCUUCUUGUUGUCAUGGCGUAUGACCGCUAUGUGGCCAUCUGCAAGCCCCUGCACUACACAGCCAUCAUGCGACAAGGGCUCUGCCACCUUCUGGUGGUGAUAGCCUGGACUGGAGGCAUCCUGCAUGCCACUGUACAGAUUCUUUUCAUGACCAACUUGCCCUUCUGUGGCCCUAAUGUCAUUGACCACUUUAUGUGUGAUCUCUUCCCAUUGUUGAAACUUGCCUGCAGAGAUACCUACAGACUUGGGAUGGUGGUGGCAGCCAACAGUGGAGCCAUGUGCUUGCUCAUCUUUUCCAUGCUCCUCAUCUCCUACAUAGUCAUCCUGAGCUCCCUGAGAUCCCAUAGCUCUGAAGGACGGCACAAAGCCCUCUCCACCUGUGCCUCCCACUUUACUGUUGUGGUACUCUUCUUUGUGCCUUGCAUAUUCACCUACAUGCGUCCCGUGGUCACCUACUCUGUGGACAAGUUGGUGACGGUGUUCUUUGCAAUCCUCACCCCCAUGUUAAAUCCUAUAAUUUACACAGUGAGAAACACAGAGGUAAAAAAUGCCAUGAGGAGUUUGUUGAAUAAGAGAGUAACUUAG